AUGGUUAUUAAAAUAGGUUACGUUAUAACAAAUAAAAAAAAUACUAAGUAUAAAUUUAUAUUACCUUUUUGAAAAAAAAAUUUAAAAUAUAAAAAUAUACAAUUAAAAAUUAAAUCUAAUUUUUUUCAUGAUUCUAGAAAAGAAUUUUUACAAAAUUUUAUUGUAUUAGUAAAAUUUAAUUGUAAGCAAAAAAAAUAUAAUUUAAUUAAAAUUUUAUAUUAA